UUACAUAUUCACUAAAAAUUGUCGAAAUAACAUUUCUCUCUUUCUUCUUGGUGUAGUAAUAUCACAGCACAAGAUGUCUGCCCCUUCAAAGGAGGUGUGUGGAAUGAAUGAAGGGAAAAGAGGUGGUGAUGGAGUUGGAGUUGGGUGUUCUCUCUCAGGGAACAAGGAUUUCUUUGAUGUUAUUCUGUCAAAGACACAUGUCACCUCCCCUCGUCACCUGCGUCCACCAUCACAUAUUCUUCCCAAACUUCCGGAUGUAAAGGUGCCUUUGGUAGUGAGGCACGGUGAUAAGCAGUGGCAGAUGAUGUACAUUGGAGACGAAAAGAGGCCGAGGUUGGAGAGUGGUGGUUGGAGAAGAUUCGUGAAUGAUAAUGAUCUGAAAGAGGGAGAUGCUUGCGUCUUUGAGGUGAUGGAGUCGAGCACGCAGAUUCUUAGGCUCGACGUUGUCAUCAUCAGGAACACCAUGUAUCUGCCGCCUGCACUGCUGUCAAAGAUUCAAUCCCAGGGCAAGACACCGGAGACAGCUAUAGAGCUUUAACUCCGCUAUCUUCACCAUUCAGCUUUACAUUUCUGUCUCUGUAGACUAGACUCUAGUCUUCUUUGUGUUCAACUCCUCUGCUUACUUAAUUAGAGGUUAAUAUGCCUUGUGGAAGCUGGAUUUAAUGUGCUUGUGUCAUCAUCCUUAACUAAGAAUAGAGAUGUCAAUCGGGUAGACAUUAAACUCAUCGAGAGGUAAUCAUGUUAUGACUUUGAGUUUAUCGGAUGCAGGUAAUUCAUCUACAGGUAAUCAUAUAUAACUUUGAGCUAAUC